AAAUCCUAGACUAUAUAAGGCAGCAAACAACCCAAAUGUUCUGCAACAAACUUCUGCCCAGCAGAUUUGUGACUGAACCACGGAAUCUCUCUAUUCCAGUUUGGCAAGAUGAUUUAUCUGCGCACUGUUAUACUCGCUGCAAGUAUUUCCCUUUUAGUUGCGGAUAACCAGUUGAUCACCUGGUGUACAAUCUCCACAGCGGAAUUAUCGAAAUGUACUGAUUUGAAAAAUGCGAUGGAAGAUAACUUUAAAUGUAUAAUGAACGACUCGGUUGAAGCUUGUUUUUCUGCUAUUAAGACUGGAAUUGCAGAUGCCAUAACCGUUGACGGGGGAGAUAUAUAUAAGGGUGGUCUUUUGCCGUAUCCACGUCUUAAGCCGAUCGUAGCUGAACAUACUCCAGGAGGAUCCUGUUACUAUGCUGUUGCAGUGGUAAAGAAAGGAAGCAACUUCCAGUUCCAAGAACUACAGGGCAGAAAUUCUUGCCAUACGGGCCUGGGCAAAUCAACUGGCUGGAUUAUCCCAGUAGGAACUAUUUUGAAAUACAACCUAACAUCUUGGGAUGGAGUUAGCCCCAUUGAACAAGUUGUGGUUGAUUUCUUCUCCGCCAGCUGUGUUCCAGGUGCCAAGGCAACUUUCCCUGAACUCUGUAAGCAGUGUAUAGGAUUAGCUGAGAAACACUGCAAACGAUCACAUGAGGAACCUUACUACGAUUAUUCUGGAGCCUUUCAAUGUUUGAAGGAUGGUCAAGGAGAUGUGGCCUUUGUGAAACACAGCACAGUGCCAGCUGCUGAGAGGAGUGACUAUGAGCUCCUAUGUCUAGAUGGCACCAGGAAGCCUGUUAUGAGCUACAAGAAUUGUCACUGGGCUAAAGUGCCAGCUCACGCAGUGGUGGCGAGAAGUGGUGAUACUGAGAAAGCGAAGAAUGAGGCCAUCUGGAACUUCCUAUCGAAAGCUCAGGAAUUAUUUGGGCAUAAGAUGAAUUCAUCAUUCAAACUCUUCGAUUCCUCAAAAUAUGGGCAGAAGGACUUGAUGUUCAAAGACUCAACACAGGAAUUGGUUCACCUUCCCAGUGGAAUGGAUUUCUUUAUUUAUCUUGGCAGUGAUUAUGUGCAUGCUAUACAGAUCCUUGAAACCACGAACAGCAGUGUUUUGAAUAUUGGAAAGAUCCGAUGGUGUGCUAUUGGCGAUCUUGAAAAGCAGAAGUGUGAGAGCUGGGGAUCAGUACGUUGUGUGAAAGGCGAAAAUGCUGAAGACUGCAUAAGACAGAUCAAGUAUGGAGAUGCUGAUGCAGCAAGCUUUGAUGGAGGAGAGGUAUACAUUGGAGGAAAGUGUGGCCUCGUUCCAGUUAUGGCAGAGUAUUAUGACAAAACUAAUCCUGAUUCAUGCAAACCCACAGCAGUCAACACUAAGAUACCCUCUUACUAUGCGGUGGCCGUCGUGAAGGAUCCGAGCCUGACCUGGGAGAAACUGGAGGGGAAGAAGUCGUGUCACACGGGAGUCGAACGUACUGCAGGCUGGAACGUGCCCAUGGGAACUCUGGUUGGAGAUGGAAAGAUCAAUGCAUGUGACAUUUAUAAUUCCACAUAUUUCAAUGAGAGCUGUGCCCCAGGAGCCAAUGCUGCCCUGUAUCCUAGACUCUGCUCCUUGUGCAUUGGCAAUGAGAUGUCGAUAGAUAAGUGUGCAGCCAACAACAAUGAGAGGUACUUCGGCUACAGUGGAGCCUUCAGAUGCCUGGUUGAAUCGGGUGACGUUGCUUUCAUUAAGCACACAACUGUGCCAGAUAACACUGAUGGGAAUGGAACGAUGGACUGGAACAAGGAUUUAACCUCUGGUAGCUACCACUUGUUGUGCAAAAAUGGGACGAUAGCCUCUGUUGAUCAGUUCCUGGACUGUCACUUGGCUGAUGUCCCAGCACAUGCCGUUAUGACACGACCUGAUAAGAAGUUUGCAGUGCUAAAUCUGCUGAAAAAUGAACAGUUGAAGCAUGGUCGCAAUGGAUCCAUGCAGGGCAACUUUCAGAUGUUUGGCUCAUCAACAUUUUCAGGAAAAAACCUACUUUUUAAGGAUUCCACUCAGUGUCUCAUUGAAAUCCCCCAAACUAAUUACGAAGACUUUCUGGGUGUUCGCUACAUCAAUAUUGUGGAAGGACUCCACUCUUGUAAAUCUCCUGAUCUCCUUGAAGCAUGUGCCUUUAAAAAGUGCUGAUGACUUGACCUACAGUUUCAUCUCAUGACCUGGAAUUCUCCUGCUCCCCACUGGAUGCCUGCUCGAGUACAACAUCCAUUGCACAUUUAUCUAAUUAAUCUUUAGCAUUUCAUAGAUGACCUGCAAAACGGUGAGCUAUAUAUCACACUGCUGUGUUAAAAAAUAUAUAUCUUUCUGCAAAAUGUAAUAAACUAUAAUGAGUACACUCAUAUCUGCUGUGCUGUUUUACAACUGUAAUAGAGCGCUUCACUUUUCAAAAAUAAUUCUUUCCAGUAUGUUACUCACUGCUUCUGCACAGCGAUGCAGCUCCACAGGUAAAAUAUAGUAGAUGUUUUAUUGCUCAAGUGACAGCAUGCAAUUCCAGUCAAUGAAAGUGACCAUAGAAAACAAUAAUCAAAAUAGAAGCAUUUCAAGUCCUUCCCCUGUCCUUUUAUUCAGCAUGCCAAAUUAUCGAAUUUCAAUAGGAUGUAGCAAUUAAUUUUCACCAUCAUGAAUCUCUAUAAAUGUAGUUUGCCCGUUUCCCCUUUAUGACUCACAUUGCUAAGCUGCUUGAAACUCUUCUUAGAAGAAAUGUAUCCAGAAUGCCAAAGCAAGCCUUUCUGAUGUGUUUUAUCAUCUGUUUUCCUAACUUUCCCAUAUGUGGUCCAGCUUCCAGUCACUAAUCAAUUGUAUUUUAUUUGGUUUCUGGCGGAUUGAUUUAUUCUAUCCACCAUGUCCACACAACUGCUGUAUGGCAAGAAAAGGAAUUAAAUUGUUCGGGCUUACUAAUUCUUGUCAAUAACAGAACAGUUUAUUCCCAAGAUGCAGUAACUGCAAAUAUUUCUUAUUUUUGCCUAGAAGGUACCAUCUUUCUGUAAUUGGAAUGCAAGUACCUAGUUAUAAUUGACCAUUUUUUUUGUCUUCUAUUUUCAACACUAGUUUGUGGCUCAAGUUCAUAUUCUAAGGGUGGUGGGAACAAACUGCGUGAGGAGGUAGUUGAGGCAGGGACUAUCCCAACAUUUAAGAAACAGUUAGACAGGUUUGGAGGGAUAUGGAUCAAACGUGAGCAGAUGGGACUAGUGUAGCUAGGACAUGUUGGCUGGUGUGAGCAAGUUGGGCCGAAGGACCUGUUUCCACAUUGUAUCACACUAUGACUCUAUGAUUACAACAAAUAAAAAUGCUUAUUGCUAACUAACUCUUUA